CCCCCCCCGGUUGAUUGCAUUCUUCGUGCUCCUGGAAAAACUCUGCCGCAAACUGUCCAUACCUUUGCACCCUCUCCAAACACCAACGUCACAAUCGAUUCAUGCAACAUAGUCUCGUCGGUACAUAAUAUCUACCUACCAUCUUCUACGCUGCGGUGCUUCACGAUUUCCAACCAAAGCUCGGACUCACUCUCACGUCCCCAAUACUGCUCAGGGCGCAGUCGAUCUUAAUAUGAAGAAGAAGGCUCCAACUCUUGGUCGACACUUUCUACACACUUGUUUACGGACAUAAUAGAACACACACCUCUUUCCCGAGGGCUUUGCUCUCAUGGAGCCUCCUCCACCUCCGCCGCCGCCGCAUGGCUCCAACCCUCAAGGCGGUGGCAGGUCGGGGGGUCUUCCUGAUGGCAGGUAUGACAUCUUUGUCAUUCCUCCGCAUUCGUCGGGCUCCGGGUUCCUCUACCUACCCUCGUUGCAAACCCAACGGAACAGCUUCCUGGCUGGGGUCUUCUGCACGGCUGCGACGUUCUUCAUCUACACAACUGCAGUGCCGGUCGUCAAAGAAUGGCUUUUCACUACCAUCAACAGUGGCGGUGGUGGUGUGUUCAUGCUCAUAUGUGGUGUGGCAGUGGUUGCGUGGGCAUUUGGCAAAACACAGAGCGAGUGGGCGCAGCCGGCCUCUUCUAGCGGACCAAGUACGUCCUCAGGCCCUGGAGGUUCUGCAGGGCCAGGCUACACAGGUUUCAAUAAUACUAGGGGCUAUGCUCACGCACAACCAGGACCUCAACCGAGUGCACAGUCUCCUCCUCCACCGCCGCCAAACCAUGGAGCGAAUGCUCCUCCACCACAGUCGUCAUGGCAGAGACCAACCCCUCAGGCCAACACAAAGGCGAACACAACAGGUGCCAAGUCCAGCUGGGAGAAGGCGAGAGAGGAAACGAGGAAACGAGAAGAAGAGCGGAAGCGUGCAGAGGACUUAAAGAGGAGGAGAGAAGAGCUCGAAAAGGAGCGACAGAAGCAAAGAGAAAAAGAUACCCUCGAAAGACUCGAACGUGAACGUAGGGAGAAAAAAGAACGUGAAGAUCGAGAACGCCAACAGAAGGAGAAGGAUGCCGCUGCCAAAGCGGCCGUUGAAGCUGCAGAGAAGGAAAACGCACGAAAAGCGGCAGAAGCUGCAGCGAAACGGCCUCCGAUGCCAUCGGCAAGGACAGAGCGCGAAGACGAUGCAUAUUCGUUUCGCCCAUAUGAUCGGCCGAGAAGACCAUACAAGGCCAACUCAGCUGCAUCAAUGUACUCGGAAUCAUCCUAUGCACCAUCAGAAAGUACCGCAAAGACUACUCCUCCAGCAUCGGCACGAGGGCCAUAUUCAACAAAGGACCCCGACAAGAUCAUUAUUAAGGGAGUCUUUUCUUUCAACAACGCUUUCAUGCGGACCCCAAUCUCACAACUCGUAUCGGGACAAGGCAAUGUCACUGAUGGGCUCAUCCUUCGCAUUACUACUGAGGGCUUGUUCAUCGACGAUGAUGUUCGCGGUGUCCCGCAACGUGAAUGGGAUGUGAAGGCUUGGACGAUGAAAUUAGCAGAGAGCUGCGAAUUGGAUGGUAUCCAUGUCCUUCGAGCAAGCAUUCGAGACCAAGAAGGAAAGAAAUAUGUCUUCAUCCUCUCCCAGAGUGAAGGAUGGAAAGUCGCGGUCGGUCUCCAACGUCUGCGAAGGGGCAGCCAGGUACGAGCAUUGGGCGUAGCUGGACUCCCACACAACGAAGCCAAGGCCAUCCUCGAGAAUCUUGGAUAUGCUUAAUCGACCGACCGACCGACCAGGGGCGAAGGACGACUUGAAUUUUUUUUAUUGUUGCCUGCUAAGUGAUACCACCUAAAAGCCUUUGCACAGUCUUGAGCGAGAUCUUGAGUUUUUCAGCAUCGAAGUCGACAUUUAGCGUGGCAUCAGCGACGGAGUUGUGUACAUUCAUUGAUGGUCUUGGUGAUUGGGAUCGACUGGAUUUGCUCUGACCAAAUUCACUAACAGCAUCACCAGCCCAUAUGAGACCCUAGAUACAGUUGGGCGUCUAGUGUCGUCAAUGCGAAUUAAUAACAUAAAAUCCACGAUAAAACCCAGUCCAGUACCAAU